UAACCAACAUGGGCGGAAACAUUUCAUCAGAAAUACAUUUUAAUUUAAGAUGAAUGGACAGCUUUCCUGUAGUUUCAUUUUGGAUCUUAUUAUUCUUUGCUGCUGUGUGUAUUCCUGUUCAUCUACAUGUCGUCGAAGGAACUGUAAAACUCGAAAAAGCAGAAUUCUGUUGAAUGAAUCCAACACGUAUAUGAAUAUGUGGAACAAGUGCGUUUUACGAUCCGAUUGCCGAGAUAAUGGAUUCAAAAAGAGAUUUAAAAAUUCACCGAAAAUGUUUCAUCGUCUCAGUCCAUUCGACAUCAGUGCUCGAACAUCUUUAGCCCAGCAGUGCGUUGAACAAAUUGCAAACGAUGAUAUGUGCUUUGAGGUGAAGAAUUCAAAUCUCACAUUUUGUGUUUUUAAAAAUUCAGAUAUUAGAUCUAAAAAGGGAUUCCAAAAUUCACCGAAAAUGAUUCCCCAGAAGUGCAUUGAACAAGUUACAAAAGCUGAUAUGUGCUUUGAGGUGAAGAAUUCGAAUUCCACAUUUUGUGUUUUUAAAAAUACAGAACAAUUCUUUUUAUACGGAAUUCAUAUAUAUACACCGGUACAGAUUAGCACGAUGAUUGGAGAUGGACUAUGCGCAUUAUGUUGUCGGUCCAUUUAUGACAAGGAUAUAGAACGCUGUGUAUUUAAAUUUUGUUCGAGUCUAGAUCAGCGUAAAAAAAUGUGUAAAUUUUGAUAUGAAACGUUUUUAUUGGUUCUCGGUGGUGUAAUAAUUAAUAAAAUAUGCAGUGAAUAUAAUUGUAAAAGUUAAUACAUGUCAUUAUCGGAAGGAACAAAUGACAAUUUAAACUAUAAUCUAGACGUGUGUAACAGGAUCUCUACAAUAAAAUAAAACAUAUAGGAUAUCCGGUGGUUUUGUAUCGUUCCUGCGCCUAUAAUUCUCUGAAAAAUUAUACAUCAAAGUAAUACCAAUGGUUGAAAGAGAGGAUAGCUUAUGUACUUGCUCACAAGUAGAAAUUUUACAUGAAACAAAGACUUUUUUUUAUGAAAAAUUGUAUUAGCGUAGAGAAUCUUUUGAAUCUAUGACUAUUUAAGAAAUUUUAAUCAUAUAUGAUGUUCCAAUAUUAAGCAAUGAAAAGUCAAAUGCUUUCGAAGGGAAGAUACAUGUAACUGAUACUCGUUUUAUUUAAAAAAUGAAAAAUAACAAGUGUCCAGGGCCUGAUGGUUUUAAUUGUGGAUUGGUAGAGUUAUUUUUUAGAAGGAUAUUGGAAUUUUUGUUACAAGAGCAAUCAGUGAAUCAUAUUAACAAUUACAAUUCUCGAGUCCAAACAAAUAAAGCAUCAUAACAUGUAUAACAAACGCAGGGAACCGAAACGAUUUGUAAAGA